GCAACCAAACCCGAAGGAAAAGCAACCUCGUCGAGGCCCGAAGCUCCCCGCAGACAGAUCCGAAUUUUCAAAUUCAGGAGCGUGAGCAGCAUAAUUCCGGCACCUCCAUCCGUCCAUCCGCGCGCUGCCGAGGGACGGGAGUUCGACGCAACGAGGCCGACUAUGGAGGAGGAUGGCGCGUGCGGGGCUGCCACCGCGGGAGCUGGAGGCGAGAGCAACGGGCUCGGAGUUUGAAAUCGCCGGGGCGUUCUUGCGGGCGAAUUGCUGGGGAAUUGGCAGGCGGAGUCUGCAUGGAGCUGCACGAUGCGAUCGGGAGGGAGAUUUUGAGGAACGAGUUGGGGCGGAUCGGUGGAGCGGACGGGAAGAUCGGAGGUGAUUUGGGUGGCAUGAGGCGCAGAUUCUUUGGUGGAAUUGGGGCAGCUCGUCUUUGUGGAGAGCCGGUGGUGGAGAUGCUCCAUGCGCGCGCCGGAUAGGCGAUGGCAUUGCGCUGGUUCGACCAAGCGGGGCAAGUGUUAUCGAGGUUGAACGAUGGCACGCGCUGGUCGCUCGCGCUUGAAGCUCGGUGGACUGCCCGCUCUGUCCACAGUCGCACUGGUGUGCGGUUCCGCUCUGUUGGUUUUGGCUCUGCUUUCCAUCGUCGGGAGUCGCUUGCUUGACGUGGAGAGUUUACAUUAUCGCUUGGGAGGACCCCCGUUUAAUGUUGCCGAGUUUAGAAGUUCUUCGCAUGUAGUACCAGCUCAGGUGCGGCAUUGCUCUUCCAUCUGGUUAUGACAUCGGAUCAUCUUGUGGAUCUGCAGUGGUGUCAUUUACUCCUCUCAAUCUUACCGUUUCGGAAUUAAAGAACUCUCAGAAACGUGAAAGAACCACCAAAUGGAGCUGGGAUCUUUGGGCAUUAGAUGAGAAUGUGGACACUUUGCAGACCUAAAAGAAUUUUAAGUGGCAAAGAAUGUUGUACAUAUUUAUCCAAGUUUUCGACACGCAAGUAAGAAAGAAGCCUGUUGCCACUCAUGAUGAGCUGCCAGAACUGAAGGAUGUGCCGAGAGAAGCAGACCCAACUAUACAAAAUGUUUGGAAGCCACAGUACGCCGAAUUCUACUAUGGCUGCAGUGAUCCUAGCGACUCCUAUAUUUCCCUUUCCAACAUCGAACAAAAUGGAUAUAUCAUGAUUGACGCCAGUGGUGGCUUGAACCAACAGAGAACUGGGAUUACGGAUUCAGUAGUCGUAGCUCGGAUUCUGAAUGCAACACUAGUUGUACCAGUGCUCGACCACAAGUCAUUCUGGCAUGAUCCUAGUAAUUUUAGUGACAUAUUCGAUGUCGAAAAGUUCAUAUCGACACUUGUACCAGAUGUGCCGAUCUUAAAGAAAUUGCCGCGGAACAUUGAAAAGAGUUCUUCUCCUUAUCCCAUGCGCAUACCAAGGAAAGCUACUCCAAUUUAUUACGAAAACAGAGUGCUGCCAAAAUUGCUCAGCAGACAAGUGUUACGAUUGACGAAGUUUGACUACAGGCUCUCAAAUCGGCUAGAGCAAGACUUGCAAAAGCUGAGAUGUCGUGUCAAUUACAAAGCCCUGCAUUUUACCCAACCCAUUAUAAAGAUGGGUCAAAUUCUUGUCGAACGGAUGCGGCGUCUCGGUGGUCGAUAUAUUGCACUUCAUCUCAGAUAUGAACCAGACAUGCUGGCAUUUUCUGGGUGCUAUUAUGGUGGAGGCGACAAGGAAAGGAAAGAGCUGGGUGCUAUUCGAAGACGCUGGAAGACACUACAUACAAAGAAUCCUGACAAGGAGCGAAGGAAUGGCAAAUGUCCUCUCACUCCGACGGAGGUGGGCCUCAUGCUGAGGGCUUUGGGUUUCGGAGAAGACUGCCACCUGUACGUCGCUUCCGGUGAUGUGUAUGGUGGUGAGGCUACUUUAGCCCCACUAAAAGCACUUUUUCCAAAUUACUACACUAAGGAGACGCUUGCUACCAAAGAUGAGUUAGCUCCUUUCCAGGGUUACUCUUCUCGUAUGGCGGCGAUCGACUAUACUGUUUGCGACGAAAGUGAUGCUUUUGUUGCCAAUAACAAUGGAAAUAUGGCUCGCAUACUGGCCGGACACAGGCGUUACAAUGGACACAAGCGUACGAUCCGUCCAAAUCCCAAGAAAUUGUCUCCGCUUUUCCUUACAAGGGAGGCCCUAGGUUGGGAGCAGUUUGCUCUGAAGGUGCGUCACCAUCAAAAGGGUUUUAUGGGAGAUCCUAAUGAAGUGCGUCCAGGCAGGGGUGAAUUCCAUGAAAAUCCUGCUGCUUGUAUUUGUGAGAAACCUAACAGCCCGUUACAUAAGCCUGCUUUUGAAAAGCUUACCCUUAAGAAACAAGACAAACCAGAGUCCAAAGAAGACAUAGAUGCCGAAGAUGAUCUUGACUCCGAUAGCGAGGAUGUAGGAAUAGAUACAGAGGACGAUCUAGUGAGAACUGAAUUUGUUGGACAGGAGGUAUUGGAUGCCGGAACAGAAGAAGCGCGAUUGGAAGAUUCAGAGGUUGAGGAAAUUCCAACCCUGUCAGAUUAGCAAUUUUUCUCUUCUAACCAUAAUGUGUAUAGUCGACUCGUCAAGGAUGUUUCUGAGUAUUUUUUUUGGUUUCCUUCAACCUGUAGUAAAAUAUCAUUUGUUGAAUGUAAGCAUUAUCG